CCAGAAAACCCCACCUGCCCAAACAGCUGCAGCCCCUCCUCCGGCAAACAUGAGCCCAGGCUGUGGCGGUUCCUGUCCUCACCUAGCAUCGGGAAAAACCUGCCCAAACCCCUCGUUGCCGCCGUCGUCGAGCUGCAACAUCGUCUUUGGCCUCAGGAACAACAACCGCUGCGAGACGCCCGCCACCAUAUUCACCCAACGCACCGAGCAGAUUGCUGGGCAUCUUGCCCCCGCCGCAGUCAUGUCGUCGCCCUCGCCCUACACCGUCCGCAAGGUCGGCGCCCCCAACACGCUCGAGCACCGCGUCUACGUCGAGAAGGAGGGCGUGCCGCUCUCGCCAUUCCAUGACAUCCCCCUGUUCGCCAACCAGGAGCAGACCGUCCUGAACAUGGUCGUCGAGAUCCCCCGCUGGACCAACGCCAAGCUCGAGAUCUCCAAGGACGAGCUCCUCAACCCCAUCAAGCAAGACAUCAAGAAGGGCAAGCUUCGAUAUGUCCGCAAUUGCUUCCCCCACAAGGGCUAUCUGUGGAACUACGGCGCCUUCCCCCAGACCUGGGAGGACCCCAAUGCCAUCCACCCCGAGACCAAGGCCAAGGGUGACAACGACCCGCUCGACGUCUGCGAGAUCGGCGAGCUGGUCGGCUACACCGGCCAGGUCAAGCAGGUCAAGGUCCUCGGAGUCAUGGCGCUGCUUGACGAGGAGGAGACGGACUGGAAGGUCAUCGUCAUCGACGUUAACGACCCUCUGGCUAGCAAGCUCAAUGACGUCGAGGACGUCGAGCGCCACCUGCCUGGCCUCCUGCGUGCCACCAACGAGUGGUUCCGUAUCUACAAGAUCCCUGAUGGCAAGCCUGAGAACCAGUUUGCCUUCACGGGCGAGUGCAAGAACAAGAAGUACGCCAUGGACGUCAUCCGCGAGUGCUCCGAGGCCUGGGAGAGGCUCAUCACGGGCAAGACCCAGCCUGGCAACAUCUCGACCACCAACUUGGCCAUUAGCCACUCGCCCAGCGUCAUCCCGGCCGACAGGCUGCCUCCCAUGCCUGCCAACCAGAACCUGCCCCCGGAGAAGAUCGAUGCCUCCAUCGACAAGUGGUUCUUCAUCAGCGGCGCCUCUGCCUAAGUGGGCUACGGAUUGUCGCCCUGUUACUCCGAGGAGUUGAUCAUGUCGAUUUCUUGAGGCGCAAACGUCUAGGUCGUGAAGAUAGAGCAACCAGAACCCAAAGGAAAUAAAGAAAAGCACUAUGGAUGAUUGCUUGUUGGCUUGGGCUCUUUCAAGA